AUGGCGGUCAAUCAUGUUCAUAUGCACCUUCCACUGCAACAGAAUGAUGGGUAUGUUAAAAUCGCUUCAUUGCAGCCGCAGAUGAACUGUAUAAACACUUAUGGGAUCGUUUUGGAGAAUCAUCCUGUCCGUCGCCUAGCAAAUGGCAGUCUUGUGGUUAGCAUGAGGAUAGCUGAUACCUCAGGAUCGAUAAUUUUCACGAUUAUGAAUGCUGAGGUUCAAGAUUUAUUCGAGCCGGGAGACAUCAUCAAAAUUAAGAAUGGGUUCACAAACAUUUACAGAGGAAUGCUCAAUUUAUCAUGUGGUCGUCAGGGUGAAUUCAUGAAAUCUGGUGAUUUUAUGCUGGUUUACUCUGAAACUCCUAACAUGAGUGAGUUCAACAGCGAGUACGCAGCUAUGGAACGAGCACGAAAACCAUCCCCACCACCAGAAGGAGAAAAUGUAACCCAGUCGAACAACAAUUCUGGUGAUCCUCGUCGUCCCCAAGGUGUUCGUCCAAGCAUACCAACCCAUAAACGUCCUCCACCAGGUCAUCAAGCCGGAGGUCCUCCUCACAAACGUCAAGAUCAAGGCUCCGCGGGACAUUAUAGAGGACGACCAUAA